AUGAGCGGACGAGGCAAGCGAAACGCGAGAGGUGCUCCUGCAGAGGAGCGACCUGUUAAGCGUGGUCGUACGACCAACGAUGACCCUUGGGAGAAGGCUCUCGAUGCAGCAGCUCAUAUGCUCGAGGAGUAUCCUCCUGUGGAGAUUCGAGAUACGGAUGGAAUCGUCGCUCAAUUCCUGAAAGCCUUGCCUGAAGGCUGGACGGAGGACGACGAGGAAACCGUCACCAAGAUGUGGGAUGAUUCUGGGCUGAAGGCCAAAACUGCAAGCUUCAGCAAUCCUCACAGUGCCCCUCUUCUGAAUGUAUGGAAGACUUCCUUCCGUCUGUUUCAAAGACCCCCACUGGGCCUGGUUGGUGUUACAGCUGCGAUGCGAUACCAGCCAAUGACCACUCACAGUCGGAGUCGUCCACACAUACCUUCAACCAAUUUCUGUCUGGCACUCUCAAAGCUGCUGGUGCAUCCAAUCUGGACUGGGUCCUUUCGAAGGGUCACCGGAGCGUUGCAAUAUGCGAUCAUUUGUCGCACAGGCGAUUACAGGGCCUUGAACCGUAUAUCCAGCAAGGCAGAGGAGUGUCUAGCUCUCAAUAGUCUAAACCAGGGGAUAUUAAAGUACAGACAUACCAGUACUCCACAUCCUCUGCACAAAAUGCAUCGCGUCGUAAGAGAUCAAGCGCGCACAAAGGGAAAAGAAAUCUCCCCGUGGUCCGAUUUCCUCUUCCACAGCGGUGAGACACUCGAAAACGAUACUUCAAAACGUCCACCGAUUUUGGAAGAGUUCACGGAUUUCAUGGGUGUCAGAGUUCUGCCUCUCACGCUAUGGGAUGUUGAAAUGGUCACCAAAGCUCUUGGCUCAAUGGGUAACAUUGAAACAGAGUAUCGUAUGUCAGUGGAAGAUGCUUUCAAAGCCUGGAAUGAACAGAAAUCCGACCGAGAAAGACCUUCCAUGACCCAGCUCCCUGAUCUAUACGAGGCCUUCUACAAAGAAGCCUUCCGUGAGGUCGUUUCAUUUUUGAAAGGCCAGUCUCAACCUCAGACUGGCGAUAGCGGAAGUGAAGACGAUCUUCCUGAGUCUCCUAUCCAUGGUCAGAAUGAGGAAGAGAUGGAUGUUGACUCUGAACGCUCAUCGUCUUUCUUCGAAGAGGACAAUAGGGAUAUAACCAUGAGCGAUGGCGAUCUUCUAACCAUGAGCGAUGACGAUCUUCUGCCACCUGAUGAGGAUCAGGAUGAAAGCGAGUCCUCACAAGAGGAUGAUGCUUCUGAGUCUCUAGGCUAUGAAAUUGAAGGUCCAGCCAUGGACAAUGGCGAUAUUCCCUUUGUCCCUGGAGCUGAUGAGGGUGGAGGCAUGAUUGAUGCUGAAACCCAACUCGAGGGACUUGGUCAUAUGGAUGUCGGUACGCUUAGCGAACCUGAGGUUUACAACCGGGAAAUCUCCCCAACACCUCAAGAGUUAGCUAUGCCUACAGGCCCUCCACGCCCCCCACGCGUGCCUGUUCUGAGUGAACUUUCUCCCCGUGGCGACUAUGGAAUCAUUGUACGCCUAGAAAGAGAGAACAGAGAGCUGAGGGACGCGUUGAACAAGGCACAAGAGGAGGUUCAGAAAUCCGAAGAGAGGAAUCAGAGGCUCCAACGGGUCCAUGAACGUGAAAUCGAGUGUCUUGAAAGGACGAUCAAUAACCAGACCAAUAUGAUCGAGUCUCUGGAUGAAAGUCGCAGGGACUCACGAAACGGUCUCGAUCCAACUGCCACACAGAGCGACCCGGUCUUGAUAUAUCUGGGGCGUCAAGUCAGAAGACAACGUGAUGAAAUCGAGGAAGGUCGACAGAAUCUGACCAGAGUUGAAUCCAGAUUCGAGAGCAGAAUGAAUCUUCUUGAACGUGAAGUCAUGACGCAACAGCUAGAGUCUGGUCGUCUCAUUGAGUCCACAGAGCUAGACUCUAACUUGGUUUCCCCUGGCUCUGGGCGGGCUCCCAGUGCCAUGAGAGACUCACCCAUGCAAGGUGAUUAA